UAUCUUGAAUCAAAUUUGAUUCAAAAUAUAAGACAAAGACAAAGACAAAGUUUUUUUUAAACCGAACGUAUCUUUUGACCGGAAGAUUUGUGGGAAUUUACCUUUAAAGUUAAUCUUGCACCCGACCUUGCACAUGACAGACGUUUCUGCAAAUCGCUCCUCAAACGACACCGAAGGGUCUUUCUGUGUUCAGACCAUAGAUAAAAAGACAUUUGACCAUGGAUGUCUCGCUCCAGCGAUUAUCAUUAUUUUGAUAUUGGCAUGCCUCAAACGUCGUAGCAGUUGGAAACUUGAAUAUUGCAAAGGAUACCCGGGGCUGUUAAUACCAAUCAACUUCUUGGGUGGAAUGGACAAAAUCAACAGGUACACUAUUGCUGUUACCUUUGGAGCAACUGCCAGUACCUUCUUUAGUAACACAAGAUUUAACUUUAUCCCAGACUCGCCAUGGAUAUCAGUUUUCUCUGCCCUUAUUUCUGUUCUUGAGUAUGGGAUCCUGUUCUACCCAUUUUUUGCCUGCCUUACGACUGACAACAGAUUGGCUGGCUCCUUGUUAGGUUUUCUCUACGUUACCAUGAGAUUCAUCGUUGGACUUGUGAUUGAAUUCCAAUGCAAGGAAUCUUACGAAGAAGAUAUCAAGACCCAGCAAUAUACUGAAUUUCUUGGCGAAGUUCCCACGUACUUGUGCCUUCUCUUCAUCGCCCUGAGGUUUGCUAUGCUAGUCGUUUUGGAAAUUAAGCAGUGCCGAGUGCUGUCAAAUUGGACGCCUGUUGGAGCUGAUGAUUAUCGCACCCGUUUGAUCAAAGAGUCAGGAUAUAUUCACGUCAAGGAGUUACUAAGCACAGGAUCGAACUUUUCUAGAACCACGGCUGACGACAAAUGGUACGAGAGGCUCAUCUUUAAAAUCUACAGACCCAGGAAAGAUUUUAAAUUCUCAACGCAGUUGAUUUCCACCUUAGUGGUUGCAGGAAUAAUUGUAUUUCAGGUUAUGUUGCAAUAUCUAUCGUUCUUUGAUUUCUACAAGAAUAGAAUGUUCUCGUCUUGUGUUGACGAGCCUCUUUGUCAGAGCUUUCUUCCUCUGUUAUUUCAUGCUUUGGAGGGAGGAAUUAUUGCAGCAGCUCUCGUUUCUGUCUUAUUGAUGCUGCAUUUCAUGAAAUGCCACAGAGACCAUGUGUUAGAGCUGUAUCGAGGCAAAAGAACUUUUUGUCACGACGUGAUUGUCUCUCCUGCAAAUUUAGUGGGAAAGAGCUUGUCAUUCUCUGGAUACCAGAUUGCUUUCGUUUUAACAGGAUACUCCGUUUUGAGUUCCUCCUGGCAAUCAUAGGCCAUACUCUCCGCUAUUUUCAAGUACAUUCAUUUCUUGAUUUCGCCGGAUAUGUUAGAAUUGUACGAAGAGAUUGGAAAGGCCUUGGCACCACCAAUUUGCUUGGCGAUUUGCUUGUGGUUGUACCAAUUAUUCCUCACCUAUUACGUGUUUCGAGAUAGAGAGUUCCCAGAUGUCACAAUCACUGUCGACAACAGACGGUUCUACUCCAUCAUGUCCUACUUCUUCUUCUUCUACAACAUACUCCUCGGAUUAUUCUCCAGCAUCAUGCGAAUUCUUAUAGGCAUGCUUUCAGGAGUGAUAUUCAUCUCUCGAAUCGACCGAACCUCACUUAUGCAGGGAUUCCAGACUUGGGACAGAGCCUUUGUGGCAUAUCUGGGUUUCAUCCACGUACUGGUGGCUCACAGUCACCCCGUGAUGCUGAUGUUUUGCCAGCUGCUCAUCAACAGCAACAGGGACCGUCAAUGUGACACAGUGGGAGGGGAAGGACCAGGCCUUUGUGUACAAAGCUCGCAUCCAGAAGAUCAGAGGAGUUCUGUUGGUCAUCCUCAGACCCGUGCAUUGCGGCUGCCACGCAUGCCUCACCAGGCGAUCAACCGCUGGUUCCUUACUGUCACGCUCCUUCGUAAUCCCUCUCUCGUCAAAUAUCGUCGGCAGGGUGCCAGGGAGGCCAAAAGAUGUUGCGUUACUCUUGAAGAUGCAAACUGUGGAUCGUCGACAUCGAUCUGAUCUUGAUGGUUUUUUCCAAAAUAUUUCAGCCACUAAUAAAUAAUAGUCGUGCCAGCUGAAGUAACAAUGCAAAGGAUUUUUAGUCUCGCUGGCCAUUAUUUUUGACUCCAGUAUUAUUAGCCCUACCUUAGUCUUGUGUGAGAGGUUUACAUCUAUGUAUAAAGUCAUUAGUAGCAGUUAAUACCAACGUGUUUGCGCCUGCCUAUUACUAGCGUAUUACAAUCGUUAAUAUGCCUUUUUUGUCCCUCACUCCUUGUGCUCCAAGCUUCUACUCCAAGCUCAAAGGCGUUUGAUCAAUAUUUUUACGAUUUUCUUUUCAACUGGUUGGAAAUAUACUCUUAGUCAGGCCAAAGAGGUCGUAGCUCGUCACGAACGAGGGAGAAAGAAAAAUAUUGACAUCCCCUCUAAGGUUCGAAUCCAAGGCUUUUGGAUUUUAUGAUCU